AUGCUGAACAAGACAGAGGUCCAUGAGUUCAUCCUCUUGGGCCUCACCGCUAGCCAGGGGCUGCAGCACUUCUUCUUCAUCUCCUUUCUCUUGCUGCACUUGGCCACUCUUGUGCACAAUGGAGCCAUUGUGACCUUGGUGACGCUCAACCACACCCCCAUGUACUUCUUCCUGGGGAACCUGUCCUGCCUGGAUAUGUUCUACUCCACAGCCACCGUUCCCAAGACGUUGACUGGCUUGCUCUUUGUCCAUCAGCCCCUAUCUUUUGCUGGCUGCUUGGCCCAGCUCCAAUUCUUCCACUUCCCGGGCAGUACUGAAGCUGUGCUCCUGGGCCAUGACCGCUAUGUGGCCAUUUGCAGCCCCCUGUGCUACACCCUCAUCAUGAGCCCCCAGACCUGCCUGCUGCUGGUCGUGGCCAGCCGGUCUUCUGGCUUUGUGCAUGUCCUGAUGCGCCCAGUUAUGACCUCUCAGUUGAGUUUCUGUGGUCGCAACCACGUUCAGCACUUCUGCUGUGACAUCAGGCCCCUGUUGAAUCUGGCUUGCAGUAGCACCAGUGUCAACAUGACCUUCCUCGAUGUUGUCACCACAUCUAUUGUUCUGGGCCCCUCUGGGCCCCUCUACAUCAUCUCCUCCAUCUUCCAAAAAGUCCAGAGCUAGGAAGGAAGAUGGAAGCCCUUCUCCACCUGUGCCUCUCACCUCACUAUUGUUAUGCUAUUCUACAUACCAGUGCUCUUCAACUAUACACCACCCUCCUCGAGUAGCUCUCUGGAGAGGGAUAUGCAAGUGUCUCUCAUUUAUAGUGCUGUCACUCCAGCUAUGAACCCAUUGAUCUACUCUCUUAGGAACCAGGAGGUGAGAUCACCCCUGAAAAAAAGGUUAGAGAAAAAAUUCUUUCCUGGAUGA